AUGAGGCUCAUACCUCCGUACAAAGUUUACGAUAGGAAGGCGGCAUUUCCGCUGGUCGGUCAUCGCUCGCCUCCGCUGGGGCCGUUGACAUCGCUUUGUCCCUACUCCGCUGACGUCUGGCACUGUAAUGUGCACCCGCCCUUAGCCGAAAGUGAAAUUGUAGUAGGCAGCCAUUGUAAGCAGAACAAAGGAUACGAGUACGGGAUAAGCUCGUUUCGGUAUCCGAUACGUUUUGUAGCUUCCACGCUCCGCGACCCG